AUGUCGCGAAUGGCAAAGCGUUAUCAGGGAGUCCGAGCUAGACAAAUAUUGAACAUACUUAGGGGACUUGCGAACAACACGCAGCUUCAAACAUCUUCAUCUAACUCAGAUAUGCCUGAGCAAUUAUUACCUGAAAAGAAAACAAAAGCCUCUACGAACGACUACCUUAGACCAAAGAAGAGAAAAGUCACUAAAUCGUAUUCACUUUCAAACAUACCAAAGUAUAACCAUUCAAUGAAUCAACGACGUUGUUUUUCUGUUCCACCUACAAUUACAGUACAGUAUCGAAAACAAAAAGAUUUUCAUAUUUACAGUGAUAUUUGUUCUGUCGAUAGAGGACGUAGUUUAUCGAUGUCGGCUCUCACUUGCGAUGAUACCAAAGAAUUUGGCAGGAAAAGAUGUUACUCAAUUCCACCUUCAUAUUUCAGUAUUAACGAAAAUACUCAGAUGAUAGAACCUGAACCUUCUAACCUAAUAGUCGAAACUAGCUCCUACGAUGGGGACUAUUCGGGUGAUGACACUGACGUAAUUUAUUGUCCCUCAGACACUGAUCGAGCUUCGAGUAAUUCUAGUUCGCAGUUACUUUUUGAUGAACCAUCCACAUCAUCGGGUAUCUAUCACGGUAAUACGAGCGAAGGAAGAAAACGCCAAAUUAAAGGUGAUCCACAGAAUUGGAAGAAAAUAAAAAAUAAAAAGCUUCGUAUGUUAGGACAAGAAUAUCUGGGAUACUCAAAGCCGAAAAAUAGAAAACUCAAACAGGACAAAGUAAGACCUGCUAGACAAUUAGGCGAUAGAUGCUAUUCGCAGUUUUGCAGAAAGAGUAAGCUGCGAAAUUGCGAAAAAUUUGAUCAUGAAAAGCGUUAUGAGAUACACAAUAGUUUCUGGAAAAAUAUGAACUGGGACCAGCGCAAAGUGUAUGUAACCGGACUCAUAACCCGUAAAGAAACGACACGCAAAACAAGUGGUCAGGCAUCCAGGCGAGAAGGUACGUUUGAUUAUUUUUUGCCAAUUAACGAAUACCAAAAUUUACAGGUAUGCAGAACCACAUUUUUGAAUACUUUGUGUCUUGGUUCAUACACCGUGCAAUCUUGGGUUAAAAAGUCGCGUAAUAGAGUAAUUCCUUGUCAGGAAGUUCAAAAUAUGGCCAGGGUUAAAACGCCACGAUCUGGAACUCUGCGAAAACUUUUAACCACCCGUAGCUUUUUAGAUAACAUUCCCAAGCUACCGUCUCACUAUGCUAGAAAAGACUCGUCAAAGUUAUAUUUAGAACCAAUUUACCGUUCUUUGAAUGAUUUAUAUAGACAGUAUAAAGAACACUGUACUCAAAACGAAGAGCCUGUGCUUUCUCGUUUCACAUUCCAGAAACUGUUUCACGAUAAGAAUCUCUCUUUAUACACGUUGAAAAAAGACAUGUGCGACAUCUGCAGUGGACAUGUAGUAGGAAACAUUAAUACAACCGAUUAUGAACAUCAUAUUAGACGCAAAAAUAGAGCGAGGCAGGAAAAGGAAACCGAUAAAAAGAAAGCUACAUCUGGUGAAUUCAUUUUGCUGUCUAUGGAUUUAGAGUCUGUAAAAGUAUGUCCUUAUAUAACUGCUAGUGCCCUUUACUUUAAGACAAAACUUACCUGUCAUAAUUUUACAAUUUAUGAUCUGGUAACCCAUCAAGCCUCCUGUUAUUGGUUUGAUGAAACAUGCGCGGAUCUAACUGCUAGUACCUUCACAUCUUUUGUAUGCGAUUACCUCAAGAGAUAUUGUUUGCCCAAACGAUUACCCAUAGUUAUUUACUCAGAUGGGUGCACCUAUCAAAAUAGGAAUAAUAUCAUGGCAAAUGCUUUGUUGAACAUGAGUAUUGAACACGAAGUAUCUAUCACACAGAAAUACUUAGAGCCUGGUCAUACUCAAAUGGAGUGUGACUCAGUACAUGCUGCAAUUGAAAGAAAGUUAAAAAAUAGGGAGAUACAUCUUCCCAGUGACUAUAUUACUGUGACGAAGGAGGCACGAAUAAAGCCUGCUCCGUAUGAAGCUAUUAUGAUCAAUUAUGAUUUUGUUAAGGAUUAUAGCAAUAAAUUGACAUGGAGGUACAGCAGCAUAAGACCGGGUCGAAAAGCUGGAGACCCUCUUGUUGUUGAACUGCGAGUCAUCCAGUAUACUCCAGAAGGCACUAUUUUCUACAAAAUUAACUUUGAUGAUGAUUGGUCAGAGCUACCAGUAAGACCGAGAAAACUAAAUUCAAUUCAGUAUACACCUUUGCAUGCCACACCGAUUCCCUUAGCUUCUUCUAAAUUCAAUCACCUUCAACAGUUAAAAGAAGUAUUACCAAGAGAUUGCCACUUGUUUUAUGAUACUUUACCUCAUGAGUGA